UGAAGCCGCAAACCGCCGCCUUUGUACAAUUGUACCAGUAAUUACCGAUUCAACCACAACGGCAAUGGCGAAUGUUUCUUAUAAGCUCCCCUCACUCUUACCCAUUUUUCUGACAUUAUUCCUUUCACUGCCAACGGUCACAGAGGAGGCGUCAACGAACACUUCUUUAUUCGACGUCCAGGCUUCAAUUCAGAAAACGCUCGACGUCUUCUCUGCCGUCGAUACUUCUCCGGCGGCGGAAGAGGAAUCUCUUCAUGAAGAUAAGCAAACUACAUUUCCUUCCUCUUCUUCUUGGAAGUCUUUCCCACUGAGAUCUCGGCUGGCGGUCCGGCCAACCAGGGAGAAAGAUUACGGGUCGCUGGUGGCCGCCCGACUCGCGCGUGACUCGGCCCGAGUGAAAUCGAUCCAGGUCCGCCUCAAUCGGACAGUCAACGGGUGGAAAACAGAGGACGAGGAGAAGAAUCUCGCGCCGGUUGAAUCCGGGUUGAGUCUGGGUAUGGGCGAGUACUUCGCCAAAGUCGGGAAUGGAGCGCCGGCGAAAGACGCGUACAUGGUCGUCGAUACGGGGAGCGAUUUUACCUGGAUCCAAUGCCAACCUUGCAGCAAUUGUUACACGCAAAAGUUCCCCAUUUUCAAUCCCUCUGAUUCUUCGACUUUCUCUUCACUCCGGUGUGAUUCUGGAGUGUGUAGGUCCCUGAAACAUCGGAAGACCUGCCGGCGGAAUGCCGGCCCGUGCGGUUACAAUGUGCGCUACGCAGAUGGAUCCACAUCCGCCGGCGAACUUGUGACGGAAACGAUAACCUUCCGCGGCAGUGCGGCGGGUAAGAUCGCGAUCGGCUGCGGACACAAUAACGCCGGCGUCUUUGUUGGGGCGGACGGAUCGAUGGGCCUCGGCCGCGGCGGUUUGUCCUUAUGCUCCCAAAUGAGUGUCUCCUCUCUCUCGUACUGCCUCGUCGACCACAACUCUAAAUCCGAGUCAACUCUGGACUUCAAUCCGCCGAUCCCGGCGGAAUCCGUGUUCGCUCCGUUACUCAAAAGUCCACCCGGAUUGGAGGCGUACUAUUACGCUGCCCUGACCGGUGUCAGCGUCGGCCACGAGGGUAUGAUUAAAAUAUCGCCGGGCGGCGGCGGCAGAAUUAUCGUCGACUCGGGGACUGCGGUGACCCGGCUGCCAGGGGCUGUGUACAGCCGGAUCCGCGACGCCUUCGUCCGACUGCUGAGCAACAAUGGGAAUGGCCCCCGGCCGUCAGGUUCAAAUGUAGCCCUGUUUGACACGUGUUACGAUUUGGCGGGCACGACGGGAAAAAUCGCCGUCCCCACUGUUUCGUUCCACUUCACCGAUAAGAUUACGCUGAAUUUGCCGCCGUCGAAUAUUCUGGUGGCGGUGGACACGUCGGGAACGCAUUGCUUCGCCUUUGCCCCGGCGACCUCUGCAAUCAUGGGGAACUUGCAGCAACAGGGGAUGAGGGUGACUUACGAUCUUGAUUACCCCCGCGUGGGUUUCGUUCCCUCCAAAUGCUAGCCAGCUUGUAGCCCAUGUUUGAUUUCUCGCGCUUCUCAGUUCUCCCACCACACAGCUUGUUUUGUUUGGAGUAUAAAACAAAACAGCCCUUCGGGUAAAACGCUAUUAGCCAAACAACCCCCAUAGAGUUUGUAAUUGUUGUUUUGUUACACUUAUUAGGUAAAUCCUUCGUUAUCACUCAAGUUGUCUCGUCCUUUUUUUCGAUUCAUCCCAAAUUUGAUAUAUCUUGUAUGCU